AAAGGGCGUGAAGCCUCCACUUCCGGGAAAAAAACGGGCAACAAGGGAGCUUCAUGAAUCGGCGACAGAGAAGACCGGAUGGCGCACGGAAUGCUGGGAGUCGCAGUCCGGGAGGGUCUUUUUUGGAAGGGGAGGCUGCGGGAAAGGGGACGCACACUCUCUCUAUGCCUCUCUCUCCCCUGCAGGAGGACGGAAGAAUCCGGAGGGGGAAAGAAGGAAGAGCUGCCCCAGAGCACGAAGUCCCUUCGCGGCGUCCCGGGGAGACGGCGGGGAAAGGCCGGGAGGCUCCAGGGCUGCAGAAGGGAUGAGCGUAAAAGGUUCCCCGAUGCAAAUGACACGAUCUGGAGGACGGAGGAGCCCGGCGGGGGAAGGAAGAAAGCGCCGCCCGAGAGCAGGAGAUUCCUGUGCGGUUUCCCCGGUAAACGGCGAAGAAAGGCCGGGAGGCUCUGGGGCUGCAGGAGGGAUGAGCUCAGGGGGAUACCGGGAAAGGACGCUGUUUGGAGGGCUGUGGGGGGAGGAGGAAACCGACGGAGACUCCGAGACGGUCCUGAACGGCGGAGGGUUCUUCGGAAGACCCCGGAAUCCCCAUAGGAUUCAGGAGGAAGGAAGGAAAUAUCAGUGCCCGGAAUGUGAAAAAUCCUUCAAGAGAAACGACCAUCUUAAAAGACACCUAAAGAUCCACACGGGAGAGAAACCAUUUAAAUGCAUGGAGUGUGGAAAGAGCUUCAAUCGGAGGAGCAACCUUUAUAAACAUCAAAGGAUCCACACAGAAGAGAAACCUCAUAAAUGCCAGGAAACGGGCGGAGACACUGUGACCGUCCUGGAGGGCGGAGGGUCCUUCGGAAGACCCUGGAAUCCUCAAAGGAUCCAGGAAGAAGAAGAGAAAUAUCAGUGCCCGGAAUGUGAAAAGUCCUUCAAGAGAAACGACCAUCUUGAAAACCAUCUAAAAAUCCACUCAUUUGGAAACCCACAUAAAUGCUUUGAGUGUGGAAAGAGCUUCACUCGGAGAUCAAAACUUACACAACAUGCAAGAAUCCACACGGGAGAGAAACCAUUUAAAUGCUUGGAGUGUGGAAAGAGCUUCAGUCAUAGCAGCAGCCUUUAUGUACAUCAAAGGAUCCACACUGGAGAGAAACCUCAUAAAUGCCUGGAGUGUGGAAAGAACUUCGGUGAGCUGAGCAGCCUUUAUGUACAUCAAAAGAUCCACACAGGAGAGAAACCUCAUAAAUGCCUGGAGUGUGGAAAGAGCUUCUGUCACAGGGGCAACCUUUAUACACAUCAAAGGAGCCACACAGGAGAGCAACCUCAUAAAUGCCAGGAGUGUGGAAAGAGCUUCAGUCACAGGAGCCUCCUUUCUAAACAUCAAAGGAUCCACACAGGAGAGAAACCAUUUAAAUGCAUGGAGUGUGGAAAGAGCUUCAGUCAGAAGGGCAACCUUUAUAAACAUGAAAGGAUCCACACAGGAGAGAAACCUCAUAAAUGCAUGGAGUGUGGAAAGAGCUUCAGUCAGAGGGGCAACCUUUAUAAACAUGAAAGGAUCCACACAGGAGAGAAACCUCAUAAAUGCCUGGAGUGUGGAAAGAGCUUCAGUGAGCGGGGCAGCCUUUAUAAACAUCAAAGGAUCCACACAGGAGAAAAACCUCAUAAAUGCCUGGAGUGUGGAAAGAGCUUCAGUCAGAGGGGCAACCUUUAUACACAUCAAAGGAGCCACACAGGAGAGAAAUCUCAUAAAUGCCUGGAGUGUGGAAAGAGGUUCAGUCAAAGGGGCAACCUUUAUAAACACCAAUGGAUCCACACAGGAGAGAAACCUCAUAAAUGCUUGGAGUGUGGAAAGAGCUUCAGGGACAGGAGCAACCUUGGUACACAUCAAAGGAUCCACACAGGAGAAAAACCUCAUAAAUGCCUGGAGUGUAAAAAAAGCUUCAGUCGGAGGAGAAGCCUUUAUAAACAUCAAAGGAUUCAUUCGGGAGAAAAAGAAAAGAGGUUCAGUUGGAGGAGCAGCCUUUGUAGAUAUCAAAGGAUCCACUGGGGAGAGAAAGGGAAGAAAUGCCUGGAGGGCGGUGGGUCCUUUGGAAGACAUGGGAAUCCUGAAAGGAUACAGAAGGGAGGAAAGAAAUUUCAAUGCCUCAAAUGUGGAAAGAGCUUCAAAGGAAAUAAUGUUCUUAAAAUGCAUCUGAGUGUCCAUUCAGGAGAGAAACCCCAUAAAUGCUUGGAGUGUGGAAAGAGCUUCAGUUAUAGGGGCAACCUUUAUAGACAUCAAAGGAUCCACACAGGAGAAAAACCUCAUAAAUGCCUGGAGUGUGGAAAGAACUUCAGUCAGAGGAGCAGCCUUUAUAGACAUCAAAGGAUCCACUGGAGAGAGAAACCGAAUAUAUGCCUGGAGGACGGAGGAUCUUUGGGAAGACUCUGGAUUUCCCAAAAGGAUCCAGGAGUGAGAAGAGAAAUAUCAGUGCCCGGAAUGUGAAAAAUCUUUCAAAACUAAUUGACAUCUUCAAAGGGAUCUAACAAUCCACACUGGAGAAAAACCUCACAAAUGCCUGGAGGGUGGAAACAGCUUCAGUCAGAGGAUACACCUUUAUACGCAUCUAAGGAUCCAUUGGGGAGAAAAACCACAUAUAUGUGUGGAGUGGGAAAAGAGCUUCAGUGAAAGGGGAAGUCUAGAUAUCCAUCAAAGAAUCCACACAGGAGAAAAAUCCUACAAAUGUCUCGAGUGUGGAAAGAGCUUCACUAGUACUUCACCCCUCUGUGAACAUCAAAGAAUCCACACAGGAGAAAAACCACAUAAAUGCCUUGAAUGUGUAAAAUGUUUCAGUAGGAGAGGAAGUCUGUAUCGACAUCAUUCACACAGGAGAAAAACCACAUAAAUGCUUGGAGGGUGGAAAGAGCUAUACUGAGCAUAGAAAGCUCCAUCGACACUAAAGAAUUCACGUGGGAGAAAAAUGAUAAACAUGCCUGAGUGUGAGAAGAUCCUCAGUCCCGGUGUGAAUUUAAGGAAUUGAAUUCAAUUGCAUAUUCAAUUUGGCCAAAUGUGAAUAGAGAGGGUAGGAAUUUGUGUCGAGUGCACAAGCUCUCAGUGUACCUGCAAAGCAACAGAAUAAGGAUAUUCAUAAUAAUAAUUGUAAUAAUCCCAAUUGGGGGGGGGAUGAGUAAAGGAAGAUAUUAAGAAGAGUAAAUAAUAACUGCCAAAUUAGGGACUGUCUCAGACUGAAUAACAAAGGACUUUUUCAAUUAUACAUGCUGUUUCGACCUCCUGAAAUUGUACUUUUUCAGAAGAGACUUAUGUGACUCAGGAUGCCAUUUCCCAUGUGAAUGUUCUUUUAAUGCAAUGCUCAUUUCAGUUGUUAUGCUUAAUAUUAUGGGAUGUUACUGUCCAUGUCUUUGAUGUAAAUGCUACUUAGCAGGAUGAUUUCUUCCAUGCAAUCAACUCUCAUUUUCUACUUUUUCUACUGUAUGGAGUAUAAAAUGAAGCCAAAUUUUGUCUCCCGGAUUCCCUCUCUUCAUUGUUGGAAAUCUCUUUGCUACAAUCCUCUAAUAAAUUGCCUUUAAAUAAUCA